AUGUCCGUCAAGACCGUUGCCGCCGUGGGCCUCGGCCUCGGCCUCGCCCUCGCCGCCGUCGCGGCCCCCAUGGAGCUGGCGGCCCGCAACACGGGCGACUUCACCUACUACUACACCGGGCUCGGCGCCUGCGGCCAGACCAACCACGACGGGGAGCUCGUCGCCGCCGUGGGCCACGGCCUGUACGACCGCGUGCACCCGUGCGGCCGCAACAUCCGCCUCCACUACAAAGGCCGAUCCGUCGUGGCCAGGGUGGUCGAUCGCUGCGCGGGCUGCAACGACAACUCGGUGGAUCUUUCGCCAGCCGCGUUUAGGGCGGUGGUGGGCGACCUGGGGCUGGGGCGCGUCAAGGGGACGUGGGAGUUUGUAUGA